AUGGAUUUUCUUGAACCAAUGAUAGCCUUAAACGAGACACAUUAUCAAGACGGUUAUAGAGAUGGUUAUGAUGAUGGCUUGGUAUCCGGAAAGGAAGAAGGAAGGCAGGUCGGGUUAAAGAUGGGUUUCCAAGUAGGUGAAGAGCUAGGAUUCUAUCAGGGCUGCUUGGAUGUGUGGAUGUCAAUAAUUCGCCUUGAUCAAGAUGCAUUCUCAGCUCGGGUCAGGAAAUACAUGGAGCAACUAGCUACACUUCUAAGCAACUAUCCUUUGUCUGAUCCAGAGAAUAAUCACCUUCAAGACAUGAUGAAGGAGAUAAGGCUGAAAUUCAGGGUUAUCACGGGAAGCUUAGGAGCAAAAUUGGGGUAUGAAGGUCGUCCCACAUCAUCAGAGCAAGACCUUGAGGAUAUUUAGCUUGUUUAGCAUUAUUGAUAGGGUUCUUAUGGAUUAUUUAAUCUCAGCACCACUUUGAAACUGAUAUUUGGUGUCUAUAUUGUUUGCUUUUGAUUUUGGACUUAUGAUGUUCAGUUUCACGUAUGUUGCUAAAGGUCUGGAAGGAAAUGUGCUGCCACUGGGAUAAUGGAGGAUACCUGAAGCAGUGUAUCUAACAACCACUUAAAGUCUCUUCAACUUGAGAAUAUUUUGGAGUCAUGUUAUUUCUUAUCUCUCUUCUUA